AUCCCAUCCCCCAGCAUUUCUCGUUCGGGCUCUGUUUGUUUAAAUGCCGUGUGGGAAGCGUGGGCACCAUUCAGAGUCAGUCUUAUGACCAUGUUUUUCCUGACUCCACUCUUGGUAGCAGUUGUCUGCAUUUUGAUUGCCUGGAUCUUUAAAAAUGUUGAUGGAAACAUGGAGAGAAGAAAGGGGGAGACUAGAGCCAGGGCCCAGGCCCGUCCUUGGGUGGAUGAGGACCUAAAAGACAGCUCUGACCUGCACGCAGUGGAAGAAGAUGCUGCUGACUGGCAAGACUCAGAGGAAAAUGUGGAACAUAUUCCAUUCUCCCACACCCGGUAUCCUGAAAAGGAAAUGGUUAGGCGAUCCCAGGAAUUUUAUGAACUUCUCAAUAAAAGGCGGUCUGUCCGAUUCAUAAGUAAUGAGCAAGUACCCAUGGAAGUCAUUGAUAAUGUCAUCAAAGCAGCAGGAACCGCCCCAAGUGGGGCCCACACAGAGCCCUGGACCUUUGUGGUUGUGAAGGACCCAGACGUGAAACACAAGAUUCGGGAGAUCAUUGAGGAGGAGGAGGAAAUAAACUACUUGAAACGGAUGGGACGCCAAUGGGUCACGGACCUGAAGAAGCUGAGAACCAAUUGGAUUAAAGAGUACUUGGUCACAGCUCCUGUUCUGAUUCUGAUUUUCAAGCAAGUUCAUGGUUUUGCCACAAACGGCAAAAGGAAAGUCCACUACUACAACGAAAUCAGUGUCUCCAUUGCUUGCGGUCUCCUCCUGGCUGCCCUGCAGAAUGCGGGACUGGUGACUGUCACUACCACUCCUCUCAACUGUGGUCCCCGACUGAGGGAGCUCCUGGACCGCCCCUCAAAUGAAAAGCUGCUGAUGCUGCUCCCAGUGGGGUACCCCAGCAAAGAGGCCACGGUUCCCGACCUAACACGGAAACCCCUAGAUCAGAUCAUGGUGACCGUGUAGUCAAGAGCCCAUCUGGGAUGCUGGCAGACAAUGGCUUGGUCCUCUCUUGUCCCUCUUGGGUGUACAAGGCUGCUCUUUCCAUGGCAGUUAGGUCUCCCCAGCACCCCACUCCACUCAAGAAACUUUCCACCGCAUCGGGCCCUUGGAGUCUGAGAAGUCCUGCUCCCCAGAAAUAGUAAGAGGGCAAAGGGUACUUUCGUGUCUCAUCCACUCUGGAAACGCAUUAAGCUUUUACUAAGAACAGGCCCUGGUUUUUAAGUUCUUAAAACUCUUCCAGAAAAGUCACUGGUGGUUUUUUUCCUCUUACAUUUUAAAAGCUCAUAGGCAGGAAAGAGUCUCCAGAAUGUUGAACAUAGCCCAGAGAACUCGGCUAUGUGAUCAUUCUUGAAUUUAAAUUUAGACUCAUCAAGUAACUUCUGCCCUCUGAUUUCUGGUGGCUUUUAGGCCAGGAUGUGCUUUUGAGAUCUACUCUUUUGCUGAACUUCAUGACUAUCCUGCUAGUUUUUAAUAAGUAACUGUCAAAAUAAUUCCAACAUCACCAUCACAGAACAGAACAGCUUGAGCAGGUGGCUCUGACCGGCAGCCCUCCGAAUGUGCAAAGGGUUGUUGAAUCAUGGAGUGGUGUGUUGGAGCUGGUUCACACCAGCUUGUGGAAGCAGGCUGUUAAGUAUUCAGGAAUUUUGUGAGCCAGUUAUUAAACCAUUUGUGGCUGGAAAUCGCCUAUGGUGGAGUGUUUACAACACCGCAAUUAAUUGAUACUACAAAUCAGACUUUGUUUCCUUUUUCCUAAAGGGAACUGUUUUCCAUACACAGCACAAACAGUGUCUCCCUUCUUUUCUACGCGAGCCCACAAAAGAUAUUCCUUUUCUCCAGAUGGCAGUAGAGCAGUUUGGGACUGUUGGGGUAGGAGGUGUGAGGUUGGGAAUGCCAGACCUCAUCUUUGGCCCAUCACUCUGCCUUCCCUUCCCUGGGUUCUACACACAGCGGGCACACUCAUAGCUCAGAUCAGUUCUCAUCCAGCAUCCCCACUGGUCUCUUUAUCCCUUCUAUCACCCUUUUUCUAUUUUCUUACUCAGCUCCCUCAAGAAAAACCUCUCCUGCCUCUUUUCAUUCCUCUUGUGAGUCACACAACCUAGGAAAAGCCCUGAGCGUUUUUGAUGAGUCGGAGGCUGGUGAUGAAUCUGUAUUAGAGAAAAGAAGGACAUUUAUUUUCCUUUAAAAUAUAAUUAGGUAUUAUAAGAACCUGUGCCCUCAACCACCUCUGAAGUCCUUUGAAGGCUCUCGAAGCUUCCUUUAAAAUCUCCAAAAUCUUGCACCUCUGGUUUCAUUUUUCUCUACACAUACUUUUCCCCAAGGCUACAGACUUUAAUAAAUGCCAACUCUCUUACA